ACAACGUCCUCUUUUCCCUUUGUAGAUCCUGUGAGAAGGUGUUAACAUGUCAGUCAACGGUUUGAACAGCAGCUCCCAUUACUUGGAGAUCAAUCAGCACUAUGCUGAAGAAUGCAGCCAGGAUGACAUUGGUACAUUCCUGUUCACAUCCGAAUCUGUCGGUGAAGGCCAUCCAGAUAAAAUUUGUGAUCAGAUCAGUGAUGCCAUCUUGGAUGCACAUCUGCGACAGGACCCCAACGCCAAGGUGGCCUGUGAAACUGUCACCAAAACUGGUAUGAUUCUGGUAUGUGGAGAGGUCUCCUCAAAGGCAAAUGUUGACUACCAGAGUGUCAUUCGAAAUACCAUCAAGCAAAUUGGAUAUGAUGACUCAUCCAAAGGAUUUGACUACAAGACUUGCAAUGUCCUGAUUGCUCUUGAGGAACAGAGUCCAGAUAUUGCACAAGGUGUUCACGAAAAUCGUGAUGAAGACAGCAUUGGAGCUGGUGAUCAAGGACUUAUGUUCGGCUAUGCAACUGAUGAGACAGAAGAGUGUAUGCCUCUGACUGUUGUGCUGGCUCACCAACUCAAUGCCAAAAUUGCACAACUUCGUCGUUCAGGGGAAUUGACAUGGGCACGCCCUGAUACCAAGACACAGGUGACUGUGGAGUACAAGUAUGUGAAGGGUGCAGCCAUUCCACUUCGUGUACAUACAGUCGUUGUCUCUGCACAGCAUGAUGAGAAUGUCUCAUUGGAGACACUGCGUGAGGAUAUCAUGCAAAAAGUUGUCAAAGCUGUUAUUCCAUCAAAGUUUCUGGAUGAAAAAACUGUUUAUCACAUCCAGCCUUCGGGCAAGUUCAUCAUAGGAGGUCCUCAGGGUGAUGCUGGUCUGACUGGACGCAAGAUAAUAGUGGAUACUUAUGGUGGAUGGGGUGCUCAUGGAGGUGGUGCCUUCUCUGGCAAGGACUUCUCUAAAGUGGAUCGCUCUGCUGCAUAUGCUUGCCGCUGGGUUGCCAAGUCCCUAGUUAAGGCUGGACUUUGCAAACGUGUUCUUGUGCAAGUAUCUUACGCCAUUGGCAUUGCUGAGCCUCUGUCCAUCACAGUAUUCAGCUAUGGGACAUCCAAAAAGUCAGAGAAAGAACUUCUGCAGAUUGUGAAAAAUAACUUUGAUUUAAGGCCUGGGAGAAUUGUCAAGGACCUGAAUCUCAGACAUCCUAUUUACCAAAAAACUGCAUGCUAUGGACACUUUGGACGAAAUGACUUCACAUGGGAAAUUCCUAAAAAACUUGACUUCUAGACUUUAAUCAAGAAUCACUACUGUCAUUUUUUUGUAGUUUUAUAUCCUCCAUACCAAUUUUCUGAUUCACAUUGGGUGUCUCAUAGUCUUGCUUACAUGUGGGGUUUUAAAUGAUAGGGCUUAUAGCAUUGCUUGUUGGUAAACAAGUUGCAGCAUAUUUGAUCCACUUUCAAUCCCGGUCAAAUGCAUUUGUCUUAAACAUUCUUUUGCACUUUUUGUUUUUAAAUACUGUGUUCAGUUUAUACUUGUACAUUAUGUGGACCGGAUUUGGGAUUCUAGGGGGUUUAUUCCCCUGUGAGCCACAGUAGCUAGAAGGAUAGGUUGACGGAGAGAAACAGCCUAUUGGAUUUGGGGUCCCUGGAAGGCUAGGCAUCUAGAAAGAUUAGCUGUUAGUCUCCCUUGACUUUCGCCUUCUAGUUAUUGCAAAUGUGCUGAUUUCCUUGACCUAAAAUUUUAAGGCACAUUUGUCUUGUGUUUAUGAAAAUUUUCAUGGAAAAGAGCACUCUUUAUAAACACUCGGGCUCACAUCCCAAGGCUAAACUACAUAGUUUAAAGUGUAAACAUGUUCUUUUUAAUAUGUACAUAUGUGCAUUUAGGGUUGCAUUAGAGUUGCUUAAAAUAAAUUUAUUCUCAACAGUUAGAACUAACCAUUAGCCUUUUUAAGUGCAAAUGUAUAUUUACCAUCAACAUCAUUCAAAUGAUACAGCUUUUUUCUAUUAUUCUGUUAUCAUACUAAACGACUUUAUUAGCAUUUGUUCAAAACAUUAUGCAUUAUGAUUAACUAUUUUUUUGUUUUUGUCAUCAACGGAAUGUUGACACUGUGGUGAAUGUGUGUGCCAGUGUUGGUCUUAAAUUUUAGUGUGAUUGUGGGGUGUUGGUUUUAUAGAAAAGUUUAAGUUGAAGAUAUCUGAUCAAAGCUAACUCAUAAUAACAAUUAAUGUAAAGAUGUUUAACUUGCCAUGCUGGCAAGUCUGGCACAAAGACUAUUCAGAGUGUAGUGGUCAUUUCAUGCAAGAAAUUCACAAUGACAUCCAGAUGUGAAGUUCUGUUUGACUGCUUGGUCUUCUUGGAUCUGACACUAAACACUUGUUUUAAAUGUGGGAGUCCACUGGAAGGAAUACUUGUACUUCUGGGAGCAAUGCUAUUUAUUGUUUUUAAUAAAAAUAUUUGUCUUCUUG